CAUCAUUGAACGGGAAAGUGAAAAUAAAAAGUCAAAUCUAUUAAUAUCCAUUAGUAAUUUUUAUUAAAUAAUAAAAAUCUAGAAGAUGAAAUUUUCCUUUUUAGUUUAUAUUAAAAAGUCAACUAAUUAAGAAGCUGAAAGCUUUAAGCUAUAAAAAAUAAAUCAAAAUGGAUAAAAUUCCUCUCCAAACUCUUCAAAUUUACAAACCUAAAGUUGAAAAACCAAAACCAGAAGUCGUUAUUGAGGGUCUGGCUAUUGAGCUGGAAAAAGUGCGCAAAAAUUAUGGCACAUCUGUCCAAUCAAAACGUAUGGCAAGAUUUUAUGAUGUUGAGGAAGAAGAAUUGUCAAUUAAAGAAAAAGAACAGGAAGAUGAACGAAUGAAGUCAUUUUGUAUAGAAACAAGAACAUUAUUGGAUCUAGAAAUUAAGCAUUACAGAAAAGCUUAUGAGGAAGUACUUAGAGAAUAUGAAAUGAAAGAUGAGUAUGACAAGAAAGAUCAAGAAGCAUUAAAAAAAUCUGACGAGAGGAUUGAAAAGAAAAUUUCUAGAAUGAAUAGGUUAGAGAACAUCAAAGGUACAUUGGAUAAUGAGAUUAAGACACUCAUUAAGCGUCAUGAAAAGUCGGACAAAAAUUUUGACAUGAAAUUAAAGACGGCAAUUGAAAAGUAUCGUGAGGUUAUACGCUAUUUAGAACAUGAACUAGAUUUUCAGCGUAGAUCACAUGAGGAAACAAUUGAGCUGUUCAGAAAUUUGGAAAAAUCUCUCAGAGAUAAUGUCUAUCGAUGUGAAAAUUCAGAAGCAAGAGCAACUGUUUUACAAGAGGAAUUAAACAAAGCAAAAGCGGAACUUCAUGAAUAUAAAAAUAAACAAUUUGAAGAAUCAAGAAGUAUUGCCCGAUCAACAUCGCGUAUAAAGUGCAUUGAAAAGGAAUUAAUGAAAGCAGAAGAAAGAGCAGACAGUGCUGAGAGAAGUUUAUGUCGCAUGUCAAUCAGACAAAGGACUCCGAUGCAUCAUUGAAUUUAUUAGUGUCCAAAAUGAUGUAAUAAGUAAGAACGCUUUAAUAAAGUUUUAAUUAAAUCAUCC